UUUGCGUACGGUUUAGGAAAAUCUGGCUUGAAAAAAAAAAAAAGAAUUAUGAAAAUAUUGCAGUGCCAGUUCGCAGUAACGCUGCUACUCGCGACGUUGGCCGCUGUUUCCAGCACUCAACUAAACUUCUCAUUCCCAAAUGAACCGGAAUAUUUCAAUGAGGAAGCUGCACAAUAUCUAAUAAAACAAGCCAACGAUGUCUAUUGGGCCAGCGCGACUGCAUAUCGGCAAUUUGCUGACGAUACGCUGAGUCCUGAAAUUUUAAUGCGAGAAAAAUUGCGACCCUUCUAUGGGACAAUGCAAAAGUUCGAUUGGCGCAGCUUCGACGAUCCACAGCUAAAGCGGCAGUUUGAAGUCAUUCUUCGUGGGGCUAAAUAUCCAUCAAUCAGUUAUAAAUUCAAAAAAGCCACAAGUACCUUGAAGAAUAUGUCCCGCAAGAAGUGGGUGUGCAAUAUGAAGGAACCCAAAAAAUGCAAUAUGGCGUUUGUUCACCAGAUUAAAACAGUAUUCACGAAUAGCGAUGAUCUGGAUGAAAUCAAAUACUAUUGGAAAGAGUGGAGAAAUAAAAUGCCCGCCGACGUGAAGGAGGCAUUGCACUACUACAUUGAUUAUUAUCGCAAUUUGAGCACGCCAGACUUGCCGGCAUCCGCUUUUUGGUAUGAUCAAUAUGAAGAUCGCAAUCUGAUCUAUGAGUUGGAGAGUUUGAUGGAAUCGUUACGUCCUUUUUAUCGUGAAAUGCAUGCACAUUUACGUAAUGUCUUACGACACAAAUACGGCGACGAUGUUAUACCGCCAACAGGUCUCAUUCCCCACCACCUUUUGGAACAAGUCACAUAUCAGGCUUGGAAGAAAGAAACCGUAUUGCAAAAUCCCUUUCCACAGAGAAAACUGCCAAAUCUUCAAAGUGAAUUAGACAGUCUGGAUCUACAGCCCUUCGAUUUGGUGAAUAUAAGUGUGCAGUUCUUCAGUUCACUAGGUUUUAGAAACCUUACGGACGAAUUCAUGCAAGAUCACUUUAUACAAAUGAGCACCGGCACUGGUGGUCCUGACUGCAAGUCGCGUAUCUUCGAUUUUGGCGAAGUGGAAUUGCACUACUGUCCCAAGGUAUACUAUAAAAAACUGCUACAGACUCAUGCUGACAUUGCAUUGGUUCAGUAUGCCACCGAGAAGAACAAUUUCCGUGUUGGUCUCAACCAAGAAGCCUGCCCUGGAUUUGGUGCUGCUCUGGGCGAGGCAGUAAUCUUAUCUGUGUCUACGCCGAAACAUUUAAAGCAGACUUUGGGCAUUUUGCAGAACUAUGAUUAUGAUGACAUAUUGAACUUGAAUCGUCUAUACCGCUUAGCUGCUCACACGCUACUUACUCUCCCUACUUACUAUGUUCACGAGAAGCUCUGGGUCGAAAUGAUUGAUGGCAAAAUUCAGCCUGAGCAUUAUAAUUGCCGAUAUUGGAAUCUUAUGCAGAAAUAUAUGGGUGUGGAGCCACCAUUACUGACUAACCCUGGUACAUAUGAUAUGCCUUAUAAAUUUUAUGAGGGCAUUAUUGAUCAGUUCAGAAGCACAAAGAAACUCUUCGAUGAGUUUUUGGGCUAUCAAAUAUAUCGCGCAAUCUGUCUGAAUAUUGGCGAAUUCGAGCGACGUAACGCUUACAAGCCUUUGGAUAACUGCGAUUUCUAUGGUAGCAAACAUGCAGGCAAAUUUAUUUAUGAUAUGAUGACCGCCGCAUCUUCAAAGCCGUGGCGUGAAAUAAUCAAACCACUAACUAGCAUUCAUAUGACAAAUAUGACUGCAACAGCAUUCCUCGAGUACUUUGAGCCUUUGAACACUUGGAUCAGCGAGGAUAAUGUGAGCAAGAAUUUGCAUGUCGGCUGGAUGUCCAUUGACAAGUGUAAACUGGGCUUGGAGGUACCAAACGCCACUGUUAAUGUAUUUUAUUGAGAAGGAAAAGGAAGAACAAAAGGCGUAAAUAUGAAUGGGUGGCACAUGUCAUCACGUCCCAAAUGUAAUCUGAAUGAAAUCUCAAGCGGUGUACCCACACACGCACACACGGACACACAUAAUAUAAAAAUACAUUUGCUCUUAUUGCCUGUUUAAACUUUUUGCCAAAAUAAAAAUGAAAAGCCUGUGAAUAGAUGCAUUUAAA